CAAAAAUGAUGAAUAGUAGAAACAAGAAGCUCAAAUUAUACUUGUAAGUAGACGAGACAGAAUUAGAAGAGGGUUGGAGUGGAUGAUUCCUUUUUUGAUUUUCAUGUUUCAGAGCUGAAGAGAUACUUAACAUCAAACCUAACGAAUCAAUUCAAGAUGGAAAAAUUUUAUAACUACUUGUAUUCGGAAAAAGAUGCUCCAUAUCGAGCAAUGAAGAUGGAGCAGAACGACAGGCCUUCUUCAGCAUCAACAUCGUUGGUAAAGGUCGAAUCCACAGGAAUAUCUCCAACAUAUACAGGAAUAUCUCCAACAUAUACAGGAAUAUCUCCAACAUCGACGGGAAUAUCUCCAACGUCGACGGGAGCAUCUCCAACGUCGACGGGAAUAUCUCCAACGUCGACGGGAGCAUCUCCAACGUCGACGGGAGCAUCUCCAACGUCGACGGGAGCAUCUUCCUCUUCUACAAAAUCUCCAUCACACGCAUCUCCGCAAGAUGAAUACCCAUCUUCCUCCGCGUACAACCAGGAAUACUCGGCCUCCUCCUACUCUUCCUCCUACCUCCAUGAACCCUCUUCUUUCUACGAACAGGAGCCUCCGCCCAAUCGGGAAGUCGAAGAGGAUGAGAGAGACCGUCUUUGCCUGCAUGCGGAAUUUAUGGCGCCAUAUCGACAGGCAACGAGAAGCCAACUGGAAGAAGAGCAAAAGAUUCGAGCGAGAUUAUACUUAUGACAGGUAGAAGUACCAAAAAAAUUGACCGUGAACAUGAAUGAAUGAGUGAAUGAAUGAAGGCAGCGACGCAGACCGGCGCAGUCAUGUUGUCAAAAGUACAAAGAUCAAAGUUCAAGGUCCACUCGGUCGCAGGAAGGCUUUUUUGUAUGUCUUUGAGUGCUCAUCUUUUACUCAAAGAAACUACAAAAAAACAGUCUAAUCACGGAAGAGAUAGACGGGUAUCGAGCCGACUUAGCAGUUUGUCGUCGGGAGUUCCAUGAUUGCCGUGCUGAGUUGGCAACGGCUAAGCUCGAGAUUGCUUUCUGUCAAGAGAAUCUAGCAGCGAAGCAGCAAGAAUUGACGGAUAAGGAUGCACAUCCAACGGAAACGCAGAAAGAACUGGCGUCAACGCAAGAAGAACUUCUUACGGAAGCGCAGAGAGGACUUGCGGAGUCCCAGGAGGAAACUGCAAUGGUCAAGGAGGAGCUGAAACGGUAUCAAGAUUAUCUUGCACUCAGUCAGCAAGAAUGCCGGAAAAAAUUGGAGGCGAGUCAGCAGGAGGUUUUGAAAUCUCAGAGGGAUCUAGCAUCGAGCCAACAGCAACUUGCAGCUUGUAGACGUCAACUACUAGAACUACAACAACGAUUUGUAGUAGUACUCUCAAGCUCAACGCGUGAACAUCAAAAAAGCAGCAAUAGCAAUACUGUUCUUGUAGCAACCUCCCAGCAGACGACCAGUCUUAAUGCUCAGGCUGCUCUAGCAGAAAAGGGAGAGUUGACACCUUCUUUGGUCGUGGAGCUCAAAAGGGAUAUGGAAGAAAAGAUUAAAGAACAGGUUGACAACCGACUGGCAGCUUGCUUGAGAGAUUGGCAAAUGCAAGAUCAGGUGCAAAGGCAAGAUCAGGCUGGGAAAAGGCAAGAGCAAUCGCGCGAUAAUGUCCACAUAGGCCGUUUGCAAGAAGGAGAGGGGACGGCAAAGGAGCAAACUACCACUACGGACGAGUCUCCUAGUGGGCACAAGGUAGAACAAGCAGAGAGAAGAACAGCUGCCAAUGAAAUAUCACAGUCCUCUACCUCAUUGGACGGCAAAGAAAUGUGCUUGGUCGAUGAAGAUUUACCUGCUACAAAGAAACGAAAAUUGGACAAGGCUGACGUGAAACUACGUGUUGUUAAGCAGGAGAUUAGGGAUGACGAGAAAGAGAACGACGUGGCGCCGGGAGACAAUGUAGAAGUUGCCGCUCCAUCUUCAACAACUUGGGGGAACGAGGAAUCGCAUCCCACCAGUACCACUCAAACAGUAGAUAUGAACGAACAAAAGAACAAUCAGUCUCUCCCUGCAAUAUCUUCAGUUGUAAAGAAAGAGCCUGAGAGCAACAACCCUGCGAAUGUGGCCAGCAGGAGCAGCACUACUUGCACUACAACAAGAGAUCUCAAGCUGAAAGCAUUGAUAGAGAAAAAGUUUGGUGUUCGAGAGUUAUUCGCACAGGCGCCGCUUCUUGAGCAAGGAGCUUCCCUCGAGGAAAUACUAAAAAGACUGGAGGACCAGAGAAAGGACGAGAAGAAGGCUCAAGCUUCGAUUUUAAGAGAAGCUGGAGCAGGAAGUGGGUCGGAGGUGGAAGUUCGAGGUCCUACGAGCGCUAAGAACAUAGAGUUUCCACCUCUUGCCGGCUGCAGUUUCCAAGUUUCUGCGUCUUCUAGUUCUCAAGCUUCUGCGUCCUGCACCACAGCGCUUCUGCUCACAAAAUCAGACAGAAUCUUCGCACCUACUUCAAAAAGACAUCCAGAGUCUCACUGAAGGCCUUGAGGCACCUCUCACCCCGUCGCAGCCAGGGAAAAGGAAGCGUCUUCAGAAAGCCGCAGACGUUGGUAGCAAGUAAAAAGUAGAUGGAUGAAGGCUCACCACCGGAGCCAGAAGCGUUAAUAGAGCAGUUUGUGGAUUAAUAGAGUAGUGAUCUCAACAAUCCUUACAUCUUCUACAUCACUGACUUGAUACUAGUAUCUUCAUAGAUCAACAAGAACAUCGCUAGACUCAACUAAAUACAUGGAGAAUACACUGCGCGAUUUUUGCUCUGCAUUUGGUCCCCAGUCUGUAUUGAUAUCCCCAUCAAAAAUGAGGCGAAGUGCGCAUUCCAAUCAUGAUGAUAAAACAAUGUUAUUAAAUCUCAAUCAGUAGCCCAAUAUAUAAUUGUUUUUUCAAUUAUGAUUCAGCACCUCACCCCCCAGUACUGACUCGACCUCAUUUCAUACGCCUUUUUUAUCUCUUAAAAUGGUUCCGUUGCCGUUCACAGAACUACCCGUGCCCAGUGCGAGC